GCCAGGCGGCGUUGCCUACAAAAACCUGACAAUCGAAACACAGUUUUUCUGAUAAUAAUAUAGACAUUUACCAUUAUGCCCUUCUAACUGAAAACGGCAAUUACGUUCCUUGUUAUUUGUUUUCUUCCUUCUCCUUCUGUUUCUUUUUUGUGGCUUUAAUUUUUUUCAUAUUAAUUCGGAAAGAGAAAGACUCUUCACUCCCAUAACAGUCGCCGGUAACAGAAUCACUCCGAUGAUCGAGACUGGUAAAUACCUUCUCGGCGCCGCCGGUGCUAGCGGUUUCGGCUCUAAAUCCACCGCCGAGGAAGUUACCGAGAACUGCGACCUUCGUUCCAUCACAGCGGUUAUCACCGGUGCGACGUCGGGGAUCGGAGCGGAGACGGCGAGAGUUCUGGCGAAACGAGGAGCGAGGUUGAUUUUUCCGGCGAGGAAUGUGAAAGCAGCGGAGGAAGCAAAAGAGAGAAUCGUUUCUGAGUUUCCGGAGACAGAGAUCGUCGUUAUGAAGCUUGAUCUUAGUUCUAUCGCCUCCGUACGAAACUUCGUCGCCGAUUUCGAGUCUCUUGAUCUUCCUCUUAACCUUCUCAUAAACAACGCAGGCAAGUUAGCACAUGAACAUGCAAUAUCUGAAGACGGGAUCGAGAUGACAUUUGCUACUAAUUAUCUAGGCCAUUUUCUCUUGACCAAUCUUUUGCUAAACAAGAUGAUUCAAACGGCAGAGGAAACAGGAGUUCAAGGACGUAUCGUUAACGUUACGUCCGGUAUUCACGGAUGGUUCUCCGGCGACUUGAUCGAAUAUCUCCGACUCAUUUCACAACCCAAGUGUCAAUUCGAUGCGACACGUGCGUAUGCUCUCUCGAAGCUUGCCAACGUUUUGCAUACCAAGGAGCUCUCUUCUAGACUCCAGAAAAUUGGAGCGAAUGUUACGGUAAAUUGCGUACACCCAGGAGUUGUUAGAACCCGGUUAACAAGAGACCGAGAAGGUCUAUUGACAGAUCUCGUCUUCUUCCUGGCUUCCAAGCUCGUUAAGACCGUCCCUCAAGUAAAUAAUUGUUAUUUUCGUUAGUUAUAAAGUUUGUAACAUAAUCUGUGGUGGAUAAGUUAUUCUUUUUGUUUUUAAUCCUGUUUAAGAUUAUUGGAUUUAUGUGCUACUUUUUUUUUGUUUUGGCAUGGGAUUAGGCAGCAGCAACGACGUGUUACGUGGCAACAAAUCCAAGACUGGUGAACGUAUCGGGAAAGUAUUUUACGGAUUGUAAUGAAACGACACCGUCUGGACUCGGAACCAACUCCAGCGAAGCUACCAAAUUAUGGGCUGCUUCUGAGAUUCUGGUUACUCAACAUUCCAAGACCAGUUUCGACCCAUGUAGCUAAGAAGAAGAAAAAGUAAUUAUCUUAUCUUCAUAUACCCCCUUAGGAAAAAAGUUAUACUAGUAUAUCUUAGUAGAUGAGAGAAAAUAUCACAAAAGUUUAGUUGAUAUAUACAAAUAGUAUCCUGUUUCUAUAGUGCGAAUGCGAAGUUGAUGUAGUCUUUGUUUAUACUAACGUUAUAUUAAACAAUAUGAGAACAAUUAAUUAUAUAAGAUAUAUUUGCUGAAGAGUUCAACUUGGACUAAUAUACUAAAGUUUUAGAAUAAUAAAGUUAAGUAGGAAAUCAUAAUGUCAAUCAUUAGUUUCGAAGUGCUCGGAAGUUUGAUAAUUAUGUGAUUAAACUCAUUUGGACUGAUCUGUGAGAGAUCUCUCCCUCUCUCUUAUCGUUUUCAUUUUUUCUUUCUUUCCAAUAUAAUCGUUUAUGACAUUGAAUAUUCAUAUGUCCAUGUGAUACUAUUUGGAUGUUGAUUUUCCUUUAAUAAUGAGUUUGCACUUUGCAUUGAUUGGUUACCCUUUUGCUUUAAUAGCUAAAUCUAAGUCGUGAAGAAUAGAGGAAAAUCUGUAUGUUUUUAAAUGUUGUACUCGAACUAAUAUUCUGCCUCUAUACACAUUUUUCAUUUUGAAGUAAAUUACAGAAAUGGUAUAACGAAACUAUUAAAAUAUGGAUA